CUCCACUCCAUAAAUACCUCUCUAUCUCAGUGCUGCUCACCUCCUUCUCUUUGUGCUCUAUCUUUCUGAUCACACAUACAAUAAUUCAUCCACCUUAAUUUGAUGAUCAUGGGAUACAAGCCUGCAUGGUUAGAAGCACUAUACAGAGAGAAGUUCUUUGUGGGAUGUUCAUACCAUGAGAAGGCGAAGAAGAACGAGAAGAACGUGUGCUGCUUGGAUUGCUGCAUAAGUAUAUGUCCACACUGCUUCCCUUCUCAUCGCUUCCAUAGGCUUCUUCAGGUUCGCCGUUACGUUUACCAUGACGUUGUCAGAUUAGAAGAUCUUCAGAAACUCAUUGACUGCUCCAAUGUCCAACCUUACACCAUUAACAGCGCCAAAGUUGUCUUCAUCAAGAAUAGGCCCCAGAACCGCCAAUUCAAAUCCUCCGGCAAUUACUGCACUUCCUGUGACCGUAGCCUUCAAGAGCCUUUUAUUCAUUGCUCUCUUUCAUGCAAGGUGGAAUUUGUGCUGAAACACUAUAAGGAUCUAUCACCAUACUUAAGGACAUGCAAGACCCUACAGCUAGGUCCAGACUUCUUGAUCCCACAAAUUCAGGAGAUGGGGGAGGAGGAGAUGACAACUACUGGAGGUUCAUCAUCAACAAUUGUGGACAGUGAUGAGCCAAUGAGUUCUUGUUAUUCAUGGGGUUCGUCAUCAGGAUCAGAGAACAUGAGCAUGGGUUGCAGUACUGAUCAGAACAUAGUGAGGAAGAAGAGGAGUGGAUGGAAGGUGUGUGCAAGGCUAAUAACAAAUUCCAGCACCAACAAAGUUUCCGAUGAAGACAUGGCCACCAGUAUCAGUAGGAGAAAAGGCAUUCCUCAUAGAUCUCCUCUAUGUUAAUUAGUUUCUUUAGUUACCAGUUUUAUGCCCCAACAAUAAUGGGGAAUAAUUAAACAGAUUACUUCUAAUUACUAGUAUUAAUUUUGACUCGACUACUCAUGUUGUUCAAACUCUCUCGAGAAAUUGAAGUGUUUUUUUUAAUCACUUGGUCGGGGGUUUUGUCUUAAUGGCAUCACGUGAUUCCCAAUUCCAAGUUAUGGUCUGUACAUUUUUUUACAU